AUCGGUCUGUGUGAUUGUGCAAUCCUCCAGCCCUAUAAAUGCAGUGACACUGCAGCCUCUGGAAGCCUCCGGCAGCUCAGCCUCCAAGGAGCCUCUGCCUCCCCGGGCGUCCGGGCCGCCUGCCGCCACCAUGAGGGUCCUCUACCUGCUGCUGCUGACUCUCGGCCUGCUCACCUCGCAGCUGGCCGCAGGUUUUAACAUGCUCACGGGUCUUGGCCAGAGGUCUGACCACUACAUGUGUGUCAAGAAAGGGGGGACCUGCAACUUCUCCCCCUGCCCACUCUUCAACAGGAUCGAAGGCACCUGUUACAAUGGGAAAGCCAAGUGCUGCAUCCGUUGACUCUGAGCUGCAGCAACGAUGGCAGUGGCAACCCAGAAGCCAAGUGAACAGAUCUACACAUGAACGGUGCAGGGGUCCCGGUGAGACCAAGAACACCCCCGUGAUGAGAAGACGACGCAGCUUCUGGCCUCCCUCGGUCCCGGUGGAAGCUCACCCUGAUCAGCGGUCUCAGCAGCCUGUCCAUCUGCAGAGCCCAGAACUGCUGCCCUUUCUCCUCCUUGGGUGGGGGGCAGUGGGUUGUGUUUUGGUUAACCUCAGCAUUUGAGAACCUUCGUUAGGACCAUAAAACUAUACCGCGUAAGUUUCACUCUGCAGGCCUGAUAGCUGGGUUCCCAGAUGACCAUUGUUGACUCCAGCACAAUCACAUGAUCUAUUUACACCUCACUCAGAAUAGCAUCCUCUACGACCACUGCUCCUGCCUGUCAUCGUUUCUGCACCAUUAGGCCUGUAGAUGCCCACUGUUGGGGAAGAGGGGGUUGCCUUCCCUUUCUUCCAAUAAGUUUCUUAAAAAUCCCCAUGACACCUGCACUUCUGUCCUCUCCUUCGUCUGGCAAGAGCAAUUCCAUAUUCCAAUUCUAUCAAUUACAGGCACAAAUAAAAAUCAAACAUUAUA